AUGAAAGCCGCACUUAUGCAACAAGAAGCAACAGGUCUGGUAUUUACGUUAGAGACUGCAGCACCUCCAACAUUUCUGCCACAAAAAACUCCUGGCCAACUCCUCCCUCAAGGCGCUCUCCACCCCACGGCCCCUCCAGCCUCACGGUCCACUCCACCUCACGGCCCACUCCACCCUCACGACCCACUCCAUAUUCACGGCCCACUCCACUUCGCGGCCCGCUCCACCCUCAAGGCCAACUCCUCCUCAAGGCGCUCUCACCUUACGGCCCCUCCAGCCUCGCGGCCCACUCCACAUUCACGGCCCGCCCACCCUCACGACCCACUCCAUAUUCACGGCCCACUCCACCCUCACGGCCCACUCCAGCCCACGACCUACUCCACAUUCAAGGCCCACUCCACGCUCACGGCGCUCUCCACCCUUACGGCCCCCUCCACCCUCACAGUCCACUCCACCCUCAGGGCCACUCCAGCCUCGACCUACUCCACAUUCACGGCCCACUCCACCGUCAAGGCCAACUCUUCCUCAAGGCCAACUCUUCCCUCACGGCGCUCUCCACCCUUACGGCCCCUCCACCCUCACGGUCCACUCCACCCUCACGGCCCACUCCACAUUCACGGCCCGCUCCACCCUCACGACCCACCCAUUCACGGCCCACUCCACCUCACGGCCCGCUCCACCUCCGACCCACUCCACAUUCACGGCCCGCUCCACCCUCACGACCCACCCAUAUUCACGGCCCACUCCACCCUCACGGCCCGCUCCACCUCACGGCCCACACAUUCACGGCCCGCUCCACCCUCACGAUCCACCCAUAUUCACGGCCCACUCCACCUCACGGCCCGCUCCACCCUCACGACCCACUCCACAUCUGCUGCCCGCUCCACCCCUCAGGGCCCACUCCAGCCUCCGACCUACUCACAUCUGGCCACCCACGCUCACGGCGCUCUCCACCCCUACG